AUGACUGUGUCUCGUCAUAACACCAACCCAUCUUUAAAUACCAUCGCAACCUCCGAUAUUAGUUUCGCGACUGGAGAAGAAAACUUUCCCUCCGGCUUGCCUAUCGCAGAUCAGAUGACAUCUCCUUCCAACCCAGACCCGCCGACCCACCCAAUAAGCCGCGCCAUUGCUGAUUUUAAGGAGCUUAUGAGCGGGGAGGAUCCUUCCCUGGUCGAUUUUGCGGUGACCCGCUGUUUCCCCAGCUUUUUCCCUUCGACCUCGUUGCCUCAAGACGCCAAUAACCUGGUGCUGACGAGCCCGACAACAACUCCAAUUGCUGUGGGGUCAGCAGCAGACAUGCCUUUGGGCUUUUUGGGCUCAGGAGACACUAAUGUCCCUCCAUUCAUGCCCAGUUUGGACUUCGGCUCCAAUACUUUCAAUUUCCCCGUGCCCUCAAACUUCAUUCCACCCCAGACCUUUCAAAAUGACAGCUCUGAUACCACAUUGAAUGGCCCACUGCUUUCCGGUGCAAUUUUUGAUGAGACUCUAUAUUCCUUUCCCAGCUAUCAGACUGGUAUGCCUCUCUCCCCAUUUUCACUGCCCAACUUUCCAGAGGUUGACAAAACUAAACCUUCCCGGCGGGCCUUCGGUCAAUCAGAAUUGGCAUCGGUUCCGGUUGCUGGCCCAAGCAGCCGGCCUUACAUUGCCCCGCCCAUGGGGUUGAAUUUCAAUUUCAAUCAAUCGGUGACGAAUAAUAGCAUUCUAGAUGGCUGGCAGCCAGAUGUGACUCUUACUGACAGAUUCUUGGGAUCAGAAUUGUCAAAUGCGCCUGUUGCCGGCCCCAGCAGCCAGCCCUACACUCCCCCGACCAUGGGAGUAAGCUACAAUUUUGGUGAUUCGGUCCCGAACAGCAUUCCUUAUGGCCAGCAGGUGGAUCAAUUGGGCACUGAAAGUGCCUCAGAAGAAAUCCAAAACAUAUCCAAGCAAAAGGGGAAGAAGAGAGUUUACGAGUCCUCUAGCAAGGAAUACUACUCGUAUAGAAAGUUUAACGUUGACCGACACGAACAACCGGCGCCAAACCCAGAAGACAAGUUUCGCUGCACGAAAAAUGGCUGUAAUUCAUCAUUCACCCGUAAGGCAGAUUGGAAAACACAUGACAGAAAAUUUCACGAAGGCUCGCCAUCGAGGCCACGGGCAAGAAGACAAAAAGCAUCUGACAAAAAAUACCCCUGCAAGUACGCCAAUCAGGGUUGCAAAAAGACCUACAAAAGCCUCAACGAUUGGGGAUACUACAAUCACCUCAUGAAGGAUCAUCACGAGGUUGUGAUACUGACUGGCCCUGUCAGAAGGGAAAUGGUUUCGACUUCAUCGGAGGAACACACUCCGGCUCCCGAAAAGUAUGGUGUUAUUCCCGGUACACUUAGGCUAUUCCUCAUGACUAAAAUGCAGCUCGUCGACAUCAUGAUGACGGCCUUCUUGGGAAACAAGAAUCCUUCCAACUCGGUCAUCGAAGGUCUGGCGCUUCUCAGCGAGGAAGAAUCCGCUCGAGAAAUAUUGAGAAAGAGAUCUGAAGAGUUCUUCCAAACCACCCAAUCUCUCUCACAAACUAAUCGGGCUCAAGAGAAUCUCACGUCCGCUCAAUCUAUGGCCUCUGGACUCGCGACCAUUAUCCUCAAUCUUAAACCUUUGGUGAUUCCAUAUGAGUUGCGUUUCGAUAAUGGCAGGAGAAGACGUGUGCAAGCCUCCACUUAUCAUACUCCCAGGUACUUGCCUGGGGAAUAUAUAGAUGAUGAACGCGCCGCUAGGAAUCUGUUGGAUUGGCUCCGGUCUAUACUCAAACGCAACCCAGACUUGAUUCAAACCGUCGCCUGGUUUCCGAUGACUGAUGAGAGAAGCUCGCAACUCAAGCAAAUCACAAAUUACACGACCAGACCAAAAUCCUAUCAAACCUGGCUGAAUAUGACGACUGCGCAAAACUUGAACUCAAAUCCCGGGGUUGCCCAGCAAGCUGACACCCCAUCGAAUGAGCCGAAUCUCAGUGAUCUCGAGCUCCAUCCACACGAGCUCGAGGCGAUUCAAGUAUUAGUAAAGUUGAUCAACAACGGCACGACCUACUGGUCAAGCCCAGACAUGGAUCUCGCGCUAUCAAUGAUCAAGCCACUCGCCGUUCUCUUUCUCCAUCCCCCUGCGGACGAGUUUCAGGACUUCCUUGCCCUAGAAUGUUUGUCCUACCUGAGCGGUUCUGAGGACGAAACGGCUGAAAUCCUAAGAUGGUCUCAAAUUCUUGAUCAAUUGGAUGAAAUCAUCGAAUCUGAGCCUUCUGAACAAGCAGUCGAAUUGAUGCUCCUCUAUGAUCCCGCGUUCCGCAAGAGAUUCGCUCCGCCAGAAGACUCGACUCAGACAGACACUACUUACAUGACUAGGCUUGAAAAUUUGAUCACUUUAAUCAAGGAGGAAGACGGCGAUGUUCAUUGUGCUGCUGCUAACGCACUAUGGAGGCUUACUGCUUCAUCCCCGGAGGUUCGCAAUGUUAUCUUAUCAGAUCCCUCAUUAACUGAGACCUUGUUGAAGUCCUUCCGAGAAUGGGCUGGUGAGGAACGUGAUGCAGCAGGCUUCUACUCAUCAACCAGCGGUUCUAUGAUUGGAGGAAUGGAACUUGGAGAAUUCAAAGAUUGCUCUAGUCUUCAAGAAGACGUCACUGAACUAUCGAACUGGAUCGUCGAUAACUGGAAAUCUCGGACGAAAUUCAGACAUUAUAAUCUGAAUGGUCGGGAAUCUGCUGAUUACGACGAUUAUUGUUGA